AAAAAUGAAAAUAACCAUCCGCCGGUAACAGCGGCGGAGUUGGAGGAGAAGGAAGUGGGGGAGAAUGUAGAGUUAGCGUCUGCAAUAGUGGCGUUUUUUUUUUUAUUAUAUUAACAUGAGCAUGUAGAGAAACGGAGGGCCUUCAUGAAGAGCCCCGGGUUAGAACCAGUCUUAUGUCGGAAGAAGCCGUCGCAGCCGGUGCUUGCUGUACUCUAUUCGUCUAUUUAUUCCCGACUGAAGCUGGAAUUCAGAAACACGACUUUGACGUAAAUAGAUAGACCGACUUUUCUUAGCGCUAUUGUAUUCAUUUUAUUCGGUGUUUCUUUUGUCAAGUUUAAGCGACACGACAAAAAUGUAUAACACAGUGUGGACGACGGAGAAAGCCGCCGAGGAAGGAGACUGGAGGGACGUGAUGAUGCCCUAUUCCACGGAGCUGAUAUUUUACCUGGAAAUGGACCAACAACCACCAGCUCUACCUCCAAAGCCGGCCAAGUCCCAGCAGCCCUCAUCAGUGGGUGUCGUGGGAGGGGGCAGUAGCAGCAGCGGUGGAGCCAAGGAUGGAGGAGCAGCAGGAUUGUUGCAGGAGGCUGAGUGGUACUGGGGAGACAUAUCCAGGGAGGAGGUGAACGACAAACUCAGAGACAUGCCCGACGGCACCUUCCUGGUUAGAGACGCUUCAACCAAGAUGCAGGGCGACUACACACUGACUCUGAGAAAAGGCGGCAACAACAAACUGAUAAAGAUCUACCACCGGGACGGGAAAUACGGCUUCUCUGACCCCCUGACCUUCUGCUCAGUGGUGGAGCUCAUCAGCCACUACAGACACGAGUCUCUGGCCCAGUACAACACCAAGCUUGACGUUAAGCUCAUGUAUCCCAUCUCUCGCUUCCAGCAGGAUCAGUUGGUGAAGGAGGAUAACAUUGACGCUGUGGGGAAAAAGCUUCAGGAAUACCACGGUCAGUACCAGGACAAGAGCAAAGAGUACGACAAACUGUACGAGGAGUACACCAAGACGUCACAGGAGAUCCAGAUGAAGAGAACUGCCAUCGAGGCCUUCAACGAGACCAUCAAGAUCUUCGAGGAGCAGUGCCACACGCAGGAGUGCUACAGCAAGGACUACAUCGACCGCUUCUGUCGAGAAGGCAACGACAAGGAGAUCGAGCGGAUCAUGAUCAACUACGAGAAACUCAAGUCUCGGCUGGGCGAGAUCCACGACAGCAAGGUGCGGCUGGAGCAGGACGUGACGACACAGGCGAUGGACAACCGUGAGACGGACAAGAAGAUGAACAGCCUGAAGCCUGACCUCAUACAGCUCCGCAAGAUCAGGGACCAAUAUCUAGUCUGGCUGAAUCACAAAGGAGUUCGCCAGAAACGGAUUAACGACUGGCUGGGAAUCAAGAACGAGAGCACUGACGAAGGCUGCUUUGUGAACGAGGAGGAUGAGAACCUGCCCCACCAUGAUGAGAAGAGCUGGUUCGUGGGCGACCUGAACAGGACGCAGGCGGAGGAGCUGCUGCUGGGGAAACCAGACGGAUCCUUCCUGAUCAGAGAGAGCAGCAAAAAGGGCUGCUACGCCUGCUCUGUUGUUGUGGAGGGGGAGGUGAAGCACUGCGUCAUCUACAGCACACCGCGAGGCUUCGGCUUUGCUGAGCCCUACAACCUGUACAGCAGCCUGAAGGACCUGGUGCUCCACUAUCACCACACUUCCCUGGUGCAGCACAACGACUCGCUCAACAUCCGCCUCGCUCACCCCGUCUACGCACAGAUGCCCUCGGGACACAGAUGAACCCCCACCAAUACACACUCACCCACACACAAGUCUGCUCACACUCCAACAGAGACGAGUAACUCACGCCCCUCCUGCUCUAGGAGGAGGGAGGAAGGAGUGAAGGUGAGGUGGUUCAGUUGAAGUACAGAUCAUCUCCAGCACCGCAGUAAAAAAAAAAAAAAGAAAAAAACAUUUCUCUGCAACACACACGUCAGCCACCUUUGGAGGUAUCUCUAUUUUUUACCUGAACAUUCUCAGAGGGCAUUCUUUCUAAGACUGCUUGAUUUGCACAAGGAAGUUUUACAUGUUUGUGAAUGUGAAAAAAAUAACAGAGAAGAGAAGGAAGGAAGGAAGGAACCGGAGUAGGCAACUUCAACAGGUUUCAGGUUGACCCGCUGCUACCUAAACUCCAGCUCAGACUUUUUACUACAAACUCGAGAGAAAAAGAGAAAAAAACUACAACAAAAUUCCUGAGAAAAACAGACGACAACAAAACAUUCCCACUUUAAAACUGUUUUAUUUUUGAAUCUGAGAAGAUUUUAUCGCAGUUUAUUUGUGAUUUUGUUUCCUGGAGGUUUUCUCUUUCAUGUUUCAGGUUUUUACUCCUAACUUGUUUGUGGUAAAUGCCAAGAGGAGAUGAUGAUGAUGAAGAUUGUGAGGAUGGUGAUGAUGAAGAUUGUGAGUAUGGUGAAGAUGAUUUCAAGUGUCUUUUUCUGUCCCUCUUCAUACAAAAAGCAAAAAGAUGUAGCAUAUAAUAAUAGACAGCUGGAGGGUGGUAGGCUGCUGCUGCUGCUGCUGCUGCUGCUGCUGCUGGGGAGGGGGUUAAGAGAGGGGGGAAGUGUUUGUUACUCCUGAGGACAAAAGUCUUGCUUUUAUACUGACUGCAUUUUUUUUUACAUUUUGGAGACGUUUGUGUCAGAGGUUGGAGACCAAAGUAGGUGUCGAAGAGAAAGAAGAGAUUUCUGUUCCUUCUUUCUUUUCUUUACCUUUUCUGUGAAUGGAAACAGUAGUGAUGGUGUGUUUGAGGUCAUACAUACACAGGCAGUGUGUGUGUGUUGACGUACCAAACAGCCCUUUGUCAGAGUGAAAACCAAAUGGUACGAGAGAGAGAGGGUCUGUGAAUACAGAAGAAAAAAAGCACUUAACUGAGUCUCAUCUGUGACCCGAGUUCUCUGGUUGUUCUCUGGGUCAGUCCUCGACAAGAGCGAUACUGCGUGGAAAGUUCAUGUCAUUGAAUUAUCUAAAAGAAAUUAGCUAAAAACAUUUUUUAUUGAUUACCAGACAACAGCGUGAAAAAUAAACUGCAGAGUCUAACUCGUGAAUGGGCAUAUGUUCCACAUUUCACAGAAACAAAAUGAGUUAAAACCAACAUGUUCAUGUUUUUGCUGGGUCACAGAAAGUACAGAGGUCUAAGGUCACAGAUGGGUACACUCAGUAAAAGGUCAGAGGUCAGGUUUUUAAGGUCAUCUGUAAAGAAUCUGACCAUCAAACCUUAAAAACCCAUAGUUAUGUGUGGUUUAAAAAAUAACAACAGAGAGAGAGAGAAAAUCCUCAGAAAUAAUAAGCUUUGAUAAUAUAUUGUUUUUUUUUAAUGUGUAUGAUGGAGAGAGGGAGAUUGAGAGGGGGAGGGAGGGAGGGAAUGACAGAGGUGACGUACAGACAGAGCUGAAGACACAGGUUUUAGUGACAUACUGAAAACUUGAAAGAAUGUGCAAUCCAGCAUUGUGUUAUUAAUGAGAGAGAGAGAGAGAGAGAGAGAGUGAUGCACUAUGGUCCCAGAGAUAAUCAAAGUGUGAAGCUGUGGGUGUGGCCUUCACCUCUGGUUGUUAGGUUCUUAUUUUAAUUCUGAUUAAUGUGUUAGUUUUAUUGAUUAUUGUUAAGUUGGAACUUCCUGUCCGGUGCUUGACUUUAUAACCAGUGAAGGUUUUUUUUUAUUAUUUGUCAAAGACUUAAGAAAUAAAAACAUCACAAUAAAAUGUAUCUUCAGAACCUGGAGAGAAAAAAAACACAAACUUUGCGUUCAAUUCUUACUGAAAACCUGCUGUCCCUGAUUGGCUGUUGGUUUCUGCAGCUGUCCUCUCUUCUGUGUUUCUGUGGAGCAGUGAACUAAUGGUUGAACACAUUUAUUUAACAAUUGGAACCAGCCAGAGUUUGGGAUCUGAAUCUACCCAUCUCUGGUGCUCGACCCGUGUGGCUCGUCUCGGUGCCACGUCCUAACAAAAACGUGCCAAAUCCCACCUGGGGGUCAUCUGCUGUGAAGCUGACCCUAAAACUGGGCAGCAGCCCAGUGAUGAAGCUUUCAUUUCAGGCUCAUUCUCCCUGUUGGAGGUCUAUGUCCAUUUCUGACCUAGCCUCUGGGCCACAGCAGAAACACAGAAGCGUUGGUUUAGAUCCUGGUUACAAAGUCAGAACAAGCACCUUCUUUAACCUCAUAGGUUUUUCAGGCCAGCAUGUGAGCGUAUGGGCCACACAAACUUUUACAAAUGUAAAUGUAUGUACAGUAUGUACACACACACACAGCCAACACACACACACAUACACCAACAGAUGUACGGGAGUGUGUUUAGGAAGAGGGCCAUUGUUUGUUUGUGAAGCUGCAGAGGAGUCAUUGUGCAUGAAUGUGUGUGUGUGUGUGUGUGUGUGUGUGUGUAAGCCCUCCCACCCCCUCAGUGUCCUCCUCCACCACUCUACUGUGUACUUCUCCAUGACACUAUCACUGUUAGCUGGCCCCACCCCCUGCUGGUAGGCUCGUGGUGAGGUUAGCAUAGCUAAAAUAAUAAUAAUAAUAAUAAUAAUGAAGGACUGCCUCAGUUUUUGUGGGCAGUGGGACGCUCCAGUUUGACCUGUGGACCAAACCUGUCGUUUCUAUUUUGGUGCAGGUUCCGUGUGAGCGAGCAAAUGUUCGUGCUAACACUGGUCUUAAACUUUGUCUCUCCUGAUAAUAAUGGGUUCUCUCUGGUCCUCCAGUCACCUCAGCCUGAUUCUACUGGUCCACUGCAGCUCACGGACCUCAGGUUUGACACCCCUGCUGUGUUGUGUCAUUAACACAGACACGUGUGUCAGACGUCAGAGUGUAGAUCAGGUCGUGGGUGGAGGUGGUUGGAGGUCAUGCAGCACUGUUUUUGUCCUCAGAGCUGGGGGUUUGACGCUGCUCCAAACACAGAAGUAUCAGAACCGACUCGGCGUCAGACACUGACACGUCUGCGUCCAUCCUGCUUUCAUGUUCGGUCCUUGGUCUUGUAUCUUGAGUUGAAGGCUGAUCCAUGAGUUUCCUCUUCUUGUCCCUGACCGUUAACUCACAGUGGACUCAGACAGAGCAUCAGUUCCAGAUUUUUUUAAUUACCUUCAAAACCGUGAAAACCGUGGACAGGUCUUCAGGUCCUUCACAGGGACCCCAUGCCCUAAUCUUGAAUGUACAAAAAGAUCAGGUCCAGGUCCAAACUGCUUUUCUUUUCUCUAGAACUCUUUUGCUGAAGCUCCUCUGACGACCGUCAGCAGGUGAAUCUAGAUGAUCCAAACUCCAGGUGCUAGAGCAUGUUUUUCCUCCAGACUUCUGGUGUCUUGAGGACACGGUCAGGAUCCCUCAGGUGUUUUUUCAGGCUUACCAGAGUAAACACUACGACCACACAGCAAAGCCAGCCAUUUAACCAAGAAAGACAAAAAUUCAGGGCUUUUUUUUCCCCCCUCAUUCAUCCGUCCACACUCAGUCCACUUGGGCUAGUGUCCUCACCAUGGAAACUACUGCCUGUAGUCUACACCCAGCCACACAUGUCCUGGAGUCACUCUCAAAGUCAAGAGUCCAUGUACAGUAUAUGGGGUCUGUCCACAGUCCACAUCUGGUCCACCAGGCCAGUGGCCCACUUCUAGCUCUGGGUUACAUCUGACACAGAUGCCUAAACUUGGCCUGUUAUGAUUUGGUUUAUGUUUGGUUGAGAUUUGGCCCACAGUCUGAGUACCAGGUGGGUCACCAAAGGCCUGAAUUUUAUUGCUCCUGUGGGCCCAAAGACCAAGUGUACCAUAUGGGCUACAUUAAACCAUGUGAGGAUCCUUGACUCUGAGAAGCUCCAGUGACGUUCCUUCUCCAUCAUCAGCACUCGCUCUACUUCUCAGCUGACUGUUCUGUCAGUAGGGAACUCUAGUACUACACAGCUGUACUACACAGCUGUACUACUUGAACAAUACUGCAUGGCUCACUGUUGAAUGUCUUUAUAUAGAAAAAAAAAACUUUUAUGGAAGAUAAAUGACAGAGUUCCCUACUGCGUGGCGGUGAGCUGGGUCAGUAACGCUAGUUAGUUAGUGACGUUUCUCAGAGUUUUAUGACAGAUGUACAGUAUGGUUACAGGAAAUAGAAGCAGAGAUACUUACGAAGUGAAGAGGGCGAUUUUUAAGGGAAACUUUUCUCAGAGAUACUUUGAAGUUUUUCCUUUCAUCCAGGGCUCGUCUGACACUUGCACACAUUGUUGUCUCCAGAGACGUGACGUCUGUGUACGCAUCCAGAGUCACAUGGACACAGAGAUCUCCUAUCUAUCAUACAAAUAUCUAUAUAUAGUCACACACGCAUAUAUACAGUAUAUAAUAUUUAAUUAACUCUAAGGAUGGAACUGUUUAAAGGAUGGAACUGUUUAGUGGAUGUUUUAGGUUUUUCUUUCUCUUCUAAUUUAAAUUUCUCCCAAAACUUUGAGACCAAAGAUUUCAGUUGUCCUUUGUCUUUCAGUUGUCAAUUGUAAAUUCAUGUUGUGUCCUACAUUGUGGAGUUGGUUCGGUCCAGUGUUAGACCACACUGAUGGUUUGUACUGCCAAAUUUUGUGGGAGUAUGUGGUCUACAGUUGUUGGAGUGGUCCACAUUCAUAACUUGCAAGUGGUGCAACAAAAAUCAUUUGGUCCUGCACCAGUUCUAAAUUGUCUAUCUGGAUAUUAGAUGUGGGUCACAUGAACACAAUCAACCUACUUCUGGGCUAAACAAAUUGAUAUGUGGGUUGUUUUUUUUUUUUUGUUUUAAACCAAGACGUAAGAUUAAACAAUCCCAUAAAAUAAAUCUGGUCUGGACCAGCAGUGGGACGCAGCCCAUUAGAUCAUGCAGACAUUUCUGGCCAAGUUUGGGGAAGACAGUGAAGCUCUGUGGGUCAGGUGACCAGACUGGGUCAGGUGACCAGACUGGGUCAGGUGACCAGACUUUCAUUGUGGGAUUUUGCUGAAGCUAUGUUUUUUCCCUGAAGUUUUUUUUCUUCUGUGGUGUGGGGUUUUAAACCCUCUCAGUUUGAAACAUGUCCAGAGUUUUUGGUUUUUUUUCACUCAGGCCUCACUUUCUCAACACUAAUUGCACAUGUUGUAGCCAAGGGUCUGACUUGGUUUACAUUUUCUGUCAUUGUUGUUGUUGUUGUUGUUGUUGUUGUGGAUGAAAACUCCGCCCAGCGUUGACGUCACCUCGACUGUAAUUGACGUUGUCUGUUGACUCACCUUUUUUACGAUUUUUGGAGAGUUGGAGGUUUCUCCUCAGGACUGGUGUUGGUUUCAUUACGCUCCCUCCAUGUCUCUCCCACAGACGCAUCAGUCCUGAAGACUGUACAUAAGAAGUGGGCGUGGCCAAGAGUAAAGGUCCAGAAGAGGUUUCUGCAAUUAUUUAAAUUUGAUUCUACUUUCCUUCAAAGUUCACUAACUUCUCCUGAACAACUGUAGAUGUUGACUAAUUAAUGAGGUUCCUUCAGGUUCUUUUUGGCCACAGACAUUUUUAGAAUUCAGUUCAUUCUGACUGGUGUCAUUUUCUGGACCUUCAGUUUGGACCUAGACAGCAACCACCGUUUCUUAUGUACAGUCUACAACCACCGACGCCAACACACGGUGACGUGGUCUCUGAGUUUGAGUAUGUUCUCCCCAGAGUGGUGUCAGGACCUGGGCUAAGGACCAGUCUUGGGGUCGGUACCACGGACCAAAACCUCUUAAUCUUUACGACUGUUGACUUGAGUUUGUGCGACUUGAAAAAGUCCGACAGGAAAACAGACUUUUCCGACUUCAGCAUCUCAGUGAAAGAAAGGAAGCACAGGCUCAGUGUGUUCCCUUUACCCCGCCCCACCUUUCCCCUCAGGAGGACUGUUAGAACAGCGUUCCUGUUCCGUACCGGUGCGUUUGUACCGCAGCGACUCCUCACACUCAGAACUUCUGCAGAGUUUUAUUUGCAGCCAGAGUUUGAAUCUGUUUGAUUCUCACUGAGGAGUCGUGUUGUGUUCACUGCUCCACUGAUCACAGGUCCCAGCACCGUGGCUGCUGCUGCUCACACACACACACACACACACACACACACAGAGAGAGAGAGAAAAGAAAAUGAUUUUUAAAAGUGUAUAUGACGUCCCUCCUUACUCGUCCUUUUCUCUACCCUUUUUGACAUACCUACAGACCCAGCAUGCAUAUUUGGUACUAUUGACUGUGUUUUUGUGUAUAAAAGAAAAAGAACUAAAAAAAAUAAUUGAAGAUGUCUUUGAAAAAAAAAAAACAACUGUUAUUUGUCCGUUGAUGUUGUUUUUUCACAUCUGACUUUAUUACAGCAGGAUUUGACCUUUGACACGGUCCAAGAACAAAGUUUUCAAAGUCUUGUCAA